AUGCAUAAUUCUUCUGAAGAUUUAAAAAUUUACCUGGCCAAUAUAUCGUUUGCCCUUAUAGACAGAGGAGACUACCUCAAAGCAUCCUUUUCUAUAAUUCUGUCCGUGAUUCCUUUAAUCCUUAACACUGGUCUGCUGUCAGUUUAUAUUAUUCAUCGUGACCUUUGGGUGCCGUAUGAUAUGUACUUUCUCUCCCUGCUCAUCGCCAACAUUCUUUUCCAUGGGAUCGAGGCUCCGUUCAACGUUCUCAUGGACAUACACCCGGGUUACCCGUUGGGUGUCACCGGGUGUAUGGUGUUCAUCUACGGAGUGUGUGGUAUUGCCGCCGUGCAGAUGCUGACGCACGCUGCGAUCGCUCUCAACCGCAUAUGGGCACUCUGGAUGCCAAUAUCAUUCCAUCGCCAGCACAGCUUCAAAACCGCCAUCAUCAUCAACGGUGUCGUUUGGUUUAUAGCGCAUGCCAUUGACUUGCCGGCAGCAGUUAUGGACAUUGUGUUUUAUCGACGUCCGCUGGAGAUUAUUGACUGCUUCUGGUUUGAAGCGGGAGCAGCGCACGCGGCUGAGAAAAUCUCCAUGGCGAUUAAUGAGAUUCUGGCUUCGAUAUGUUUUUUAAUUACGCUGUUGUCUUUUCCGCUGAUACUGUGGAAACAACGCGAAAGGUCACUGUGGCGGAAACAAAUCGGUGUGCGGGCCACUUUACAGAAAGGUCACGGAGUGGCUGUGCGGAAGGCCAGCAGCGAUUCUAUGGAAAGGCAUUCGUGCAUCUUCAUGGCGGCUUUGACGCUAAGUUUAUCGGUGUUUUGGGGACCUUUUAUCAUCUAUCUGGCCUUUGCGAUUUCACAUGGUCAUGAAUAUCCAGAAGUCGAAGAGAUAGCAGCAAGGAUUUUUAAUUGUCAGUCGAUCGCCGAUCCGGUGCUCAUUAUAUAUGCACUGCCUAAUUGGAGAAAGCGUGUAAAAGAAACUUUCUGUAAACGUUUUGGAUAG